GCAACUUUUCCGCAUCGCGCUGCAGUUCUACAUUUUUGUACUUCCUCAUUGAGAGUUGCUCUUAGAGGGAACGCGUUUCUCGUGCAUUUAAAACAAUUAAACGGAUUAUUUUGUUAUAAUAUAGAACGAAAUUAUCAGAGAUGUCCAAGCCUCCUCCAAAACCGGCCAAACCAGGUCAAGUGAAGGUCUUCAGAGCUCUGUUCAACUUUGACCCCAGAACACCAGACGAACUGUACUUUGAAGAAGGAGACAUUUUGUACGUUUCGGAUACGAGCGACAGCAACUGGUGGAAAGGAACCUGUAAGGGUCGGACAGGUCUGAUCCCCAGUAAUUACGUCGCUGAGCAGGCCGAGUCCAUAGACAACCCCAUGCACGAAGCCGCCAAACGAGGAAACCUGAGCUGGCUGCGGGAAUGUCUGGACAACAAGGUGGGAAUCAAUGGACUGGACAAGGCUGGCAACACCGCCCUGUACUGGGCGUGUCACGGUGGACACAAAGAUGUGGUGGAGCUUAUACUGGGACAUGCUAAUGUUGAGCUGAACCAACAGAAUAAACUGGGCGACACGGCGCUGCAUGCAGCCGCGUGGAAGGGCUACUCCGACAUCGUGGAGAUGUUGCUCAGCAAGGAUGCCAGGAUGGACAUCAGGAACAACGAGAAGAAGCUGGCCCUGGAGAUGGCCACCAACGCGCAGUGCGCAUCCCUACUGAAGAGGAAACAAGGAAACAGCACAAGUCGAUCUCUCAGCAACGCGGAGGAGUAUCUGGACGAUGAGGAUUCUGACUGAAUGGCCCGAGUGUUGAGCUUUUCCACUCUGGAGGUGGGGGGG